AGGACAGCAUGCCCCGUGACCGCAGCAGCUUCCAUCCACACAGCCUCGGUCACCGGCACACAGACACAGAUUAGACUAGAGCGUCAUAUCCCCGCCCCCUAGCGUUCUGCUCUCAGGGAAAGCGGACUACAUUUCCCAGAAUCCAUGUACCGGGGACGGUCGCUCUCGCAGUGACAUCUAUAGGCGGCAGCGGCGGGAGACUCCUCUGCUACCCCUCACCAACAUCCCGCGGGGAGCGGCCGCUGCAGGUAAUGGAUUCUGACGAGUCUUCUGAAGAGAUAGAAAUGCAGAUGAAAGAAGAUGACUGUGAUGAAAAAGAUAUUGAAUUUAUCAGUGAGGGCCAUUUAAGACCUGUUCUGGAAUGUAUUGACCUUGUUAGCAGCGAUGAUGACUCGCCCGUCUUAAAUAGAAAGCCAAAAGACCAUAUUGACCGUCAAAAGGAACGUGUGGCUUCAACCCUUGAACGUCUUGCACGUCAUGUUGAGGUAGAAAAGCAGAUGAAGGCUGAAAAAAAUAAAGCAUUUCAGGAGAAGUUGAAUUUUCAGCAUGCUCAUGGUUUGCAAGAAUUGGAAUUUACCAAGGAUCUCCCUGGUGCAAAUGCUGCAAAAGUGUGUGUAAAUCAGUGGCUGAAAAUGCCAGGCCUCAAGCCAGGUAACGUAAGUGCCAGUCGCAGGAAUGUAACCAGUUGCAGGGAGCACGUCACCAUGAACAGUCAACCAAUCACUUGUCCUGUUAUGCACUGCAAAAGAAAAUUUGACAAUGGGCAACUGUUGCUAGGUCAUCUUAAAAGGUUUGACCACUCCCCUUGUGAUCCAACUAUUUUUCUUCAUGGAGCGUGCAAGACCUCAUAUGCCUGUCAUUUGUGUUGUCUGCGAUUUGCAAGCAUAACUGAAUAUAACAACCAUCUCUCUGCAAAGGCUGAGCUGGCAGAUGGCCAUGAAAGAAAUCUUCCACCACUUGUUAUCCAGUGCUUUGCCUGUCCUAGCUGUUUCCUUCUGUUUUACCAAAGAGAUGAAUGUCUGAAGCACAUGUCUGCAAGCAACCACUUCGUCCAUACUAUUGUUUUUAAAGAUACCAAGGGAGUCCCAUGUCCCAUACCCAUUCCAUCAUUUGCUAAGAAAGUUUUGAUUGCUCUUUGUAAGGACAUUCCUUUCCAAAUUGUCUGUACAUCUUGUCGUCGUGAGCUACGCUCUCAUGUGGAACUCACUGCUCACUUCAGAACACGAUGUCGAAAAGCUGGUCCCACUUCCUUUUCAGAAAAGAGCGUAGCUGAUGUGGCAGCAGUCUUCCGACUGAAAGCAUAUUGUCUUCCUUGUAAACAAGCAUUAGUUUCAGACGCUAGCAUUGCAAAACACAUUGAAAAAACUAAUCACAAAGUAAAAGUAAUCUCAUCUAUAGAGCAAUCCAUUCAGGCAUUUUGCUACAUCAAUGAAGGAAAUAAAACCCCUUCUGACUACUGCUUCUUGGCCACAAAUGCCAGACUAAAGCCUUGCAUGCUUAAGAGAACUUUAAGUGACUGUAACGAUCCAAGAGACACACUAAAGUGUAAGACACGAAACGAAAAUAUUAAUGGCUGUCCUGCAAUAAAGAGGAACAGUAAUGCAGUCACAGCAUGGUUUUGUGAAUGUCAUCAGCAAUUUUCAACUGAGCAUGCUGCUGGAAAACAUAUAAUGAUAGCCAAUAGGAUCUCUCACAAAUGUUUGGUCUGCGGCAAGCUUGCUGAAGACUUGGGCAUUAUUCACCUGCAUAUGAGCAGAUUCCAUGGGGGAGCACAUUUAAACAAUUUCCGCUUUUGGUGCCAAAUAUGCAGUAUUGAACUAACAAGAAUAGAACAGGUGAUGGCACAUGUUUCAGACUGCCAUGGAGGUCAUUCAUUUUACUACGAACAAGAAGUGUUGGAGGAGUUAUCCACAUCUUCACAGACACAAUAUCCACGUGAAAUACCUGACAAAGAAACACCAUCGUCGUCGUCGUCAUCCCAACAGUGUGAAGGCAUGUGGCAAUGCCACAUUUGCGAAGAGAUGUUUGAUUUGGAAGACAGUGUUCAAAAACACUGCAAGUCCCUGAACAUCCAUCAGUUCCACAAAUACUGCUGUGACACCUGUAACAAACGCUUUCACAAACUAGAAACAUUACUCAGACAUUGUCAACUUCAACAUGACGGAACCAUCAAGGUGAAAUAUUUUUGUGGCCUUUGUGAAGAUCUCCACUUUGAUCAAGAGAAUGACUUUCUGGCCCACUAUGAGAGCUUCCACAGUUUGGAUUAUGGAUUUGUGCCAAAUCAGAGUCAGUCCCCUUCUAAAAGUCCAGAAGUGUCAUCAACAACCGUCAUUGGGAACGAAAACUCUCUGACAUGUGGCUGUCUAGUAAAUUAUCCUAACAAAGCACAAAGAAAAGAAAGCAACAGCCUCUGUUUGGUUAAAUUGUUUGCAACAGGCAAAUUGUGGUAUAGUUGCUGUUUAUGUUCCGCAACAGACCAAACACGUGAAGGCCUAAGUAGCCAUUGCUGUAAGCAAAGUCAAGAGUCUAGCAGUAAGAAUUUUGUUGUAAAGUGCAGCAUAUGUUCCAAGUCUUUUACCUGUGCAAGCGGAGCCCAAAGCCAUUAUCACACCCUGCACUGUUUUCUGGAAAAACCCUGCAUUAACAAUCUUUUUGGAACCUGCGGUACCAGCAAUGAGGUGUUUCAGUUUACCGCCAGUGGUUCAUGUGUAAAUAAAAAGCCAGGAGACGCUGUCCAUACCAAAAGGCCGCAUUUUGAGGCUCAAGGCAGAUCUCUAGCAGUCUCAACUGGGAAGUGUGCUUCACCAUCUGCGCAGUGCAAAACAGAUGUGAAAACCUUGGACCCACAACAUGCUGAUAUAGAUUUUUGCUUAGGGACUCCAAAAGUAUCGACCACAAAAUCUGUACCUCCGAACAUCAAGCCAGAAGUGGAAGCAGUAGAAAUACAACCCAUGGAUACAGGUCUAGAAGAAACUGAAUUGCCUGAUUUGGAAUUUCUCCUGACAAUGACGCAUAUUGUUUUUGUUGACUUGGACAACUGGCCACAAUUUUUUACUCGUCUACCAGGGCACUUAAAUCAGGGAAUAUUUAUAUGGGGAUUUCAAGGAGGGAAGAAUAUUUGGAAGCCUCCAAUUAACUGCAAGAUUUUUAUGCAUCUUUCUUAUACUGGCUGCUUCUUCCUUCAUCCUCGUUGCUGUGAUCGGAAAGAUGCCGCAGACUUUGCCAUAUGCAUGCAUGCAGGUCGCUUAGAUGAGCAACUCCCAAAGCAAAUUCCAUUCUCCAUCCUCUCAGGCGAUAAAGGUUUUCUAGAGUUACAGAACCAGUUCAAGAAAACACAGCGACCUGCUCAUAUCCUGAACCCUCACCAUUUAGAUGGAGAGAUGAUGUGUGCCUUGCUCAAUAGCAUAUCCGAGACUGCACAAGAAAAAGAUGAUGCAGACAUUGAAAUGAAUUCAGUGGAACAGGAUGAAGAAGCUAAUAUGGAAGAAGCAAUCAGGAGAAGCUUGGUAGAAAUGUAAAAUCAAGAUGGAAAAUAAAUGUCGUAAUACGUCUAAUCCUUUGUGUUAUUGAAGUGCAGCAAAGUGCUUUAUCCACAUGGCAUCAUGUGUUUACACCUUUUUGUUUUGAAGCCAAUUGCUGGCUAAUGCUGGGCAUACGUGUUACGAUUACCUGGCCAAUACGCCCGAUAUCAUCGGAUCAGCCAGAUAAUUGCAGAGCGUAUACGGACGGCCGAUCCGGUAAUAUUGGUUGGACAUGUCAAAUUGUCCAGCAUGUCCCUCGGAUUUGAUUAUUUUCAGUGUCGUAUCAUCUGCAUUGGACAGUGUAUGCCCUACCGUGGCCGUUCAACGGACAUUCCCCUGUACCUUCACGUGGGUAGGAACAGGAAAAUGUCUCCUCUCAGGAGCGGAUCACCGAUAUCACGUGACUUGCAGUGUGAGAGAUCUCUGUGUACGUUCAUGAUAUCUGCAGUGGCAGAUAAAAUGUCUGUGUGACAGGCAUUUUAUCUGGACGCGUACGUCCAGCAUUAAUAUUUUAUAUCAAUACUAUAAAAAUAUGUAUGAAAGGGUUAAGAAAAAUGUUGCUUUCAUGUUCUCCUGUAAAUGUAUUACAGGCAUUAAAGUAAUUUGCUUAGAAUGUGCUUAUUACAAAUUUUGGACUGCAUUUCUGAUUACUAUUACUGUCAACAUACAGUACAUGUAAAAUAUAAUUUGUUAGUUUUGCUUUUAUAGGUGUUGUGAAGUCUUCAUAUAUUUGUGUAUGCUUUACAGAUUCAGAAUGGUAAAGUUGGUACGACUGAGCAGUAAGUUGUUAAAUAAUUAAAAUAAAAUAUGUUGAAAUGA